AGCAUGCAGCAGGACACUUUGCUCCAAUCUGCAUACUGAGGAUGGGGCCUAAUUUGCUUGCCUUGGCUAAUGAGCUUAGUCAGAGCAGCUUUAAGCCCUGCAGGUUUGUUGUAGUGGCCGCUGGCUAAGGCUCAGUGGUUAGCGGGAGGAACCAGAGCGGAGGAGUGGACCGGAGAAGGGGGCAGAGCUGCAGCCACAGCUUCACCACUCUCCUGCUUGUCUACCAGGACCACCUCUACUUGUGCCGACACUGCGGCUGGGACUUCUCUUUCUCAAUCCCUUCCUCUCUCCCUCCCUCCUCUGCCUCACUACCUGACUCCCUCCUCUCUCUCUGUCCUGAAGCAGUGACACAGUGUCUUUGUAGCUGCAUCACCUUUUAAGCAGCUGCCCCUCUUUCUAGCCUCUUUUCAUCCCUUUCUCUUUCUUACCCUCUUCUCCCUCACGCUGUUGCCAAAAUGUAUCGGAACCCGUGGAUCUCGAAUUACCUGACUCAUGUCAAGUUUUGCGGCCAAGGACUUGGGAGUGAGUCCCCUAUAAAACUAAAGAAUCCCAGGUUGCUACAGAAGAGAGCUUUGAGCUUUCAGAAAGAAUUCUCCUUUGACGAAAAAGACGACCCUGCCAAAAUAACCAAGGAUAUAGAUGUUAGUCUCUUGGCCAAUCUCCCCAAAGUCUCUGAAUUGAGAAAACGAUUUGAAGGCAUAACCACAAGCUCAAGUGACUGGGACAUGAACAGAAAGGAGCGUAUUGCUCGGCGGUUGGAGGGCAUAGAGGGAGAGGUCAAUCCGUCGCUGCCUAGCUUGGUGGCAAACCGGCUUUUAGAGGAAGAUACACCAAGAUACACCAGGGCCAAUGACCCCUUUGAACCCUGUGGUGUUACAGUGCAGCGAUAUGGCAUGGAGGGAUUUGAAAGUCCAGAGAUACAGCCGACGGCACCGGAGCGACAGUCCAGAGCUCGAUGUCGGCCUGACCCUCAGUCCUCCAUCCACACAGAGCCGAUCUUCAGUUCAGGCCCCACCACCAGUGGUCCCGAGCUGGAGUCCAAGGCUGAACGCAUCGCCCGUUACAAGGCGGAACGGCGUCGGCAACUGGCUGAGCGCUACGGUAUCUCCUUGGAUCAGGAGCCCGACUUGGACUAUCCCUCCCGCCACACACGCACCCGGAAGGAGUCAGAAGGCUCGGAUAGGAGAAACCGAGGGGAGUGUGACGGGGAAGAGGGGAGAGAUAUCACCCUGACCUCCUACACCGGCACAUAUGCCACCAGCCCGAGGUCUGGACGCACAGCGCCACACCACAGCCACGCCGAGCCGAGCUAUGAGGUGGGUCGAACCAGGGUGGACUCUUUCUCAGAGAGGGAGAGGCUGAUGAACCUGGAGAAUCAACGGAGGGCUCCUCCUCCUGAGCCUCCAUCCUCCUCAUACAUGGAUGUGACACCAUUAUCCUCAGCUACCAGGGUACCCCCCAGGGACAAUGCAGUCACAGGAAUGCCACCCAGUUCACCCAAGCUGAGCAGGCACCCUUCCCUCUCCUCACCUAAACAUGAUGCAUCUCCUGGAGACCUGUUCAUUGAGCAGCAGGCCCACAACAUCCUCAGCAGACAGGGAAUCAGAGUUAGGGACAGGCUUGCCAGGGAAGAGGGCCGCCAGAGGAGCCCAGAGCUGGGAAAUGUUACAGAGGCCCCAGUGCACCGCAGACAAUAUCCGCACCAGACCCCAUGUUACUACACAGAUCCAACAGGCCUCCAUCAGGUCCUUCAAACCCAGGCUCAGCCCUCCCGACCAGGGCAACAGGAAGUUGUUGGAAACCCAACUUACCUCUCCAUGGCCUCUGGUCCCGCAUCCAGAAGCGGCCAGCAGCAGCAGGCUCCUGAGGACGAGCCUGAGGAGACAGAGGAUGUGAAGACAGAGGGCCUCUUGAAAAGUAGAAAAGCAGUUCUUCCUUCAGAAAUCCGCCGCAGGGAGAGGAGCACCGAGGACCCACGGAGAGGAAGAGCAGAGGAGGACCUAGGGAUGUCCAAGGUGCAGAGCCUCAGCCACGCAAGGGAGGCUGAGGCAGAGGAUGUUCCAAGAGGCAGACGCAGAGGCAGGCGAGAGGAAAUUGAGCACCUUUCCCGUCUGCAUUCAGUCGAGAGCAGGCCCAGAGAGAGGGAGAGUUCCUUUCAUACCCACAAAGGGGCGACCGCAACCAAUAUUCAGCCAAGAUUGCUACAUGCAGCCCCAGGAAGCUCCAGCACAGCCGUGAACCUGCAGCAACAGAACCACAACCUCCAGGUGGUCAAGCAGGGUGAAGGUUUCAGUAAAGGAGAGGGCCUCCAAGACACGCGGGUGUCUGUGUCCCAGCUCAGGCACUCCUACAUGGAGAGCACCACUCCUCCAACCGGCCGCAGAAAUGAGCUUGAGGUUGAGCGGGGCCGGGCGCCCUCGGGCUAUGAGGCCCCAUGGAGAGGGGAAAGGGACAGGGGGCGCAGGCCCCGGCAGUAUAUCGAUCCGGGGGAGAGUAGAAAGACCUCAGAGAGGUUUAGGACGCAGCCCAUCACUUCUGCUGAGCGCCAGGAGACUUCUAGGUCCUGUGUGAGUUCAGAUCUUGCUUCCUCUGAAGUGAUCAAACCAGAUGGAGCUGGUGGUGAUAAUAAUGGAGCUGAUGAAGAGAAACUCGAUGAAAGAGCCAAGCUGAGCGUAGCGGCCAAACGCACUCUUUUCAGGGAACUGGAGAAGAGCAUUGAUGGCGGAGCUCCUAAGGCUCGAUCCAGGAAUGCUGCUGUGGACAGGAGACUGAGACGGACACAAGACCGAUCCAGAACUCAGCCCGUCACCACUGAGGAAGUCGUCAUUGCUGCCACCGUCCCCUCUCAUGUGCCUCAAACAUCAACUGUUCACACCGCUGUAGCUCGCAUCCCUAGCCCCACCCUUGUUUGCAGCUCUAUCCCACCAUACAGCCUGCAGGCGUCCUCACAGCAGAGCACCACUGCCCACAAGCAGGCAAGGGAGGCGCGGCUGGUGCAGGAGACAAAGGAGGCCUGUGUGUCCAAGCCGGUGUCCACGAUGGAUGGCAAAGCCCACAGUCACGGUCAGGAGGAGCCCGACCUCUGCACCCUCAGCCUGGCAGAAAAGAUGGCACUGUUCAACCGGCUGGCUCAGCCUCCGUCCAGGGUUACCCGCACCAGAGGGGACACGCGCCAGCGCAGGGCCAAUGCUCGCUACCAGACGCAACCCAUCAUGCUGGGAGAUAUGGAGCAGGAGUCCUCAGACAUAGACAUGGGGGAUGAACAGGAAUUGUGCGACAGCCCAGUAGAGCAUCUACAACUUCAGAACGGUACAGGCUCUCGGUCAGAUCACCUCCCCUCCUCAUCGCCCUCCUCUGCUCUGAGAGCAGGAAGCACCGUCUCCACAGACCACGCCGGAGACAUCCACAUAACCAGAGCGCCAGACCGUCUCGAAAACCUCCCACCCAGCUCCGACAGGUCUCUGCCCCCUCACCAGGCGGACGGCCCGGCCCUGCGCCCCCAGGACUCCGGGGACCACCUGAACCACAGGAAACUGCCCCAGGGAGAAGUCCGGGUAGAUUUGGGAGGAGGGAAAAGGAAGCUGCCCUCUCCCGAGCGAGCGGUCAGGCAGUUGGCUCUGCCCCAGCCUGGAAGGGAGAGGAGGAGGGAGGAAGAGGAGGAGGUGGAGCAGCAGCGGCUGACCAGAGCGAGGGCAGAGGGCGCUGUGCAGAGCCCAGAGAGCCACAUGCUACUGGAGAGGCAGGAGCAGAGGGGGUAUCUGAGGGAGGACAGACACUACCCCAUACCCCGGACCGUCAGUGAAGAUAGGCUGGAGUCGACUGUGCUAACAUCCAGAGCAACAGAUUCCCUCAGGACUGCGUGUCAGCCUCCAGCCGCAGAUACACACAACGACGACAUCGAGUUUCUGUCCGAGCACGGGGACGAACUGAGCGACGCAAUGUCCGCCAGAAAAAUGUCCAUCAGAGAGAGCCACUUAAAGAAAAAGAAGAUUCUUUUUCAUUCUCUGCUCAAAUGUGAGUUAGAUGGAAACAGAAAAUUGGAUCAUGAGGACAAGACAGGAGUGGCCUUGUUGAAGAAGAGCGGCGAGGAUGACUGGAGGAACAGGAUCAAUAGGAAGCAGGAUUUGGCGAAGGUGGCCAUGGACGAGCAGCAGGCUCAGCUCUGGGAGGUGGAGCAGAGCUUCAAGAAGAAGGACGAUGAAGCGCUGAUGAUGAUCGAUGAUCUUGCUGUGUCCGACCAGCUUUGGGCCCCCAGUUCUCCCAGACCCAUGCAGGUGGAUGAGAGACACCCCUGGAGACGGAAGAGAAUAGCCGAGGCUGAGAUGGAGUGCCAGAGCAUCGAGUCCCACAUGUCCAUCCAUGAGAGGAAACAGCUGAUAGUGGCCCAAGAGGAGGCCUGGAAGAGCAAAGGCCACGGAGCGGCCAAUGACUCCACCCAGUUCACUGUGGCUGCACGUAUGGUGAAGAAAGGGUUGGCCUCCCCCUCCGCCCUCAAGUCUCCAACGACGUCCAAACCUAAAAACAGCAGCCCUGCCAUCUCCAAACCACAGGAAGAGAUCAAGGCCAUACCCGAUCUGAACCUGGAGUCGGACAGGAAGCUGGAUAAUCUGGAGUCAUUCCUGGGCAAGCUCAAUAGUAAAGUGUGUGGCCUGCCAGAAGCUACCCUCUCAGUGACACAGAAGAAGGUGAAGGAAGUGAUGACCCUCGAGGAUGAAACAUUCUCCAAGUUCUACCGCCAUGUGGAGGAGCUCCCCUCCGUCACCAGCAAGGUGGAGAUAGACGACGACUUUGAUGCCAUCUUUGGUCCGCAGGUGCCAAAGCUGACUUCGGAGAUGGAGCAGCACAAGCGAGCGGUGCGCCCAACGCGUAACGUCCAGUCGUCCAGGAACCCUCUGAAGAUGCUGGCUGCCCGGGAGGACAUCCGACAUGAGUACACGGAGCAGAGGCUCAACGUGGGUCUACUGGAGAGCAAGAGGAUGAAGGCUGAGAAGAUGAAUAAAAACUCCGGUUUCUCUGAGGUGGCUCUGGCUGGUCUCGCCAGCAAGGAGAACUUCAGCAACGUCAACCUGCGCAGUGUCAGCAUCUCCGAGCAGAUGUCCAACAACAGCGCUGUGCCUUACAAGAAGCUCAUGCUGCUGCAGGUCAAAGGCCGAAGACAUGUCCAGACCCGGCUGGUGGAGCCCAGAGCUUCCUCCCUGAACAGCGGCGACUGUUUCCUGCUCAUCACGCCACACCACUGCUUCAUCUGGACCGGAGAAUUUGCCAACGUCAUCGAGAGGAACAAGGCUGCAGAAUUGGCCAACUUCAUCCAGAGCAAGAGAGAUUUGGGUUGUCGUGCCAACCACGUGCAGUUCAUCGAGGAGGCGCUCAACACUCAGAGCCACACCGCCAAGGAGUUCUGGAAGAUUCUGGGAGGACAGUCGACUUAUCAGUCUGCAGGAACACCAGAUGAAGAUGAGUUGUACGAGGGCGCCAUCGUGGAGACAAACUGCAUUUACCGCCUGAUGGACGACAGACUGGUCCCAGACGAUGACUUUUGGGCCAAGAUGCCUCGAUGUUCCCUGCUCGAAUCCAAAGAGGUUUUGGUGUUUGACUUUGGCAGUGAGAUGUACAUAUGGCACGGGAAGGAAGUGACGCUUGCACAGAGGAAGGUGGCGUUCCAGCUGGCCAAGCACCUGUGGAACGGCACCUUUGACUUCACCAACUGUGACAUCAACCCGCUGGACCCGGGAGAGUGCAACCCACUCAUACCCAAGAAAGGUCAGGGCCGCCCUGACUGGGCAGUGUUCGGCAGACUGACUCAAUUCAAUGAAACCACUCUGUUCAAAGAAAAGUUUGUGGACUGGAGCGACUCCAGGAAAACACCCAGCCCCACAAGAAACACCAACAACCACGUCACUGAUCAGAAGGAGCCGUCUGCGGCCGAUCAUCGCCACGCGUAUGACGCCUCCCUGAUGCUGCACCCCCACGAGGCACCGGUCUGCUCCAAACUGGAUGGCUUCAAUGUGGGCCGGGGCUACGGCCUGGUGGAGGCAGAGGACUGGCGGAGCUACAAGAUCAGCACUCAAGCGGUGGAGGUUUGGCAUAUCCUGGAGUUUGACUACAGCCGUCAGCCGCACCAGAGCAUCGGCCAGUUCCACGAGGGCGACACCUACGUGGUGAAGUGGAAGUACAUGGUCAGCGCUGCAGUUGGGAAGAGACAGAACCCAGAUCAGGUGAAGACGGCGGGGCCGGGGAAAGAGAAGUGCUGCUACUUCUUCUGGCAGGGCCGCAACUCCACCGUCAGCGAGAAAGGCACGUCAGCACUGAUGACUGUGGAGCUGGAUGAAGAGCGAGGAGCACAGGUUCAAGUCCAGCAGGGGAAGGAGCCUCCAUGUUUCCUGCAGUGUUUUAAAGGAGGGAUGGUCGUUCACUCAGGGAAGAGAGAAGAGGAGGAGGAAAACUCACAGAAUGACUGGCGUCUCUAUUGCGUGCGGGGAGAGGUGGAGGUGGAGGGCCACCUGCUGGAGGUGGCCUGUCACUGCAGCAGCCUGCGCUCCAGAGUCUCCAUGGUGAUGCUCAGUGUCAGUCAAGCCGUCAUCUACCUGUGGCACGGCUGCAAGUCUCAGACACACACACGGGAGGUGGCGCGCACCGCCGCCAACAGAAUCAAAGAACAUUGUCCCCUGGAAGCAGGCCUCCACAGCAGCAGCAAGGUGAGCAUCAGGGAGUGUGACGAGGGAGCAGAGCCCACAGGAUUCUGGGAAGCCCUCAGGAGGAGGGACAGGAAAGCGUACGACUGUAUGCUGCAAGACCCUGGCAGGUUUAACUUCACGCCCCGUCUCUACCAGUUGAGCAGCAGCUCAGGGGAGUUUGCAGCUGUGGAGUUCCUCUACCCAGCCAGAGACCCCAAACAGGUCAACUCGAUGCCCUUCCUACAGGAGGACCUUUAUGCAGCUUCCCAGCCAGCCCUGUUCCUGGUGGACAACCACCACGAGGUGUAUCUGUGGCAGGGAUGGUGGCCUCAGGACAGUGAAAGCACCGGCUCAGCCCAGAUCCGCUGGGACUCAGACAGGAAGUGUGCCAUGGAGACUGUGCUGCAGUACUCCAGAGAAAAGAAUGAGAAGAAGCCUCCCAAAGCGUAUCUGAUCCACGCUGGUCUGGAGCCGCUCACCUUCACCAACAUGUUCCCCAGCUGGGAGCACAGAGAGGACAUCGCUGAGAUCACUGAGAGGGAGGCAGAGGUGUGUAACCAGAUCAUCCUGGUGGAGGACGUGUUGGCCAGGCUGUGUAAAACCACCUACACACUGGCAGACAUUCUGGCCAGGCCGCUGCCUGAGGGGGUCGACCCUCUUCGGCUGGAGGUCUACCUGUCGGAGGAGGACUUUGAGGGAGUAGGGGCUUAUGGGAAGAAAGGCUUGGAGAUGACCAGAGAGGAUUAUGGGAGUUUGCCCGUCUGGAAACAGGUGAAAUUGAAGAAAGCCAAAGGACUUUUCUAGAUCGCUGAAACAGAGGGGGUGAGCUGAAGACGUCACGAAAAACCACCUAGAUGUCGUUUUGUCUCUUUUAUUUGUUUGCAUCUGCGCACAACCGAGUCUCGGAGUGUGUGUGUGUGGGGGGGGGGGGGGGGUUCGAAAGCCGUGCAGCAGAUUUCCCUCUCAUCUGCUUCUUGUGUUGUUUAUUUCGUUUGUCAUAUGUAGGCAGAUGCACGUAUGUAGUGAAUGUGUCGAUAGAUAUUGUUUAGAUGUAUUCUUUGUUAAUGUUUGUACAUAUGUACAAUACGCAGGACAACCAGUGCCCUUACAUUAUCAGCAAUGCAGCCAUGUGCUGGAGUGGGAGCAGGUCUGUCAGCCUGUUCAACACACUUCACAUCAACCUCUGUAUGUAUGUUAAUGCAUUACAAAUAAUUUAUAUUUAUAUCAAAUCUAAAAAGGAUUUUUAAAGCCUUCAUGAAUAUUUACUGAACUAAAGUGUAUAAUGAACGUGUUGGGGGGAUGUUUGUGUCAUAUGUUAAUAAAUACUGGAUAUUUGAGAAACUUGCUGUACAGUUCACCGUUUGCCAUUUACAGAUCAAAUGAUGCAGCUUCAUCUGGAUGCAUUUAGUGUCAUUGUUGUCUCACUUAUAGUAAAAAGGAUACAGGCUUGAGUUAAUGAAGAAGGUGAUAUUUGAUUUUAAAGUCUCACAGUGUAUAGUGCCUUGCUUUGUGUACAGUUUAUAUACAGGUAAUAGUCUGCAUUUUGAAGACUCUUUGUGAUAUAAAGAUCUAUUAGAGAAAUAAACCCUGAAAGUUG